AUGAGGAGAGGAAAGCAUGACGAGCUGGCUGACCGUCUGCAGAGCAAAAGUCUUGCUGCAGAUGGUAAGCGUAAACUCAAAUCUAAGAUGCAGGAGAAGUUCCAGCGUGUGUUUGAGGGGGUUGCUGAAGCAGGAAACCCAACCCCUCUGAAUGAGAUGUUCAGAGAGAUCUACCUCAUAAAGGGAGGGACUGCAGAGGAGCUGGAGGAUUCAGGAGUGGAGCUGAUCUCUGUUGGACUGAAGAGUCCACACUGCACACUGGAGACUCUCAGUCUGUCAGGCUGUCUGAUCUCAGAGGAAGGCUGUUCUUCUCUGGUCUCAGCUCUGAGCUCCAACCCCUCCCAUCUGAGAGAGCUGGACCUGAGCUACAAUCAUCCAGGAGACUCAGGAGUGAAGCUAGAACUCACACUGGACACAAACACAGUGAACAGAUACCUCAAACUGUCUGACAACAACAGGAAGGUGACAAAUGUGUUAGGGGAUCAGCCAUAUCCUGAUCAUCCAGAGAGGUUUGACUGCCUUUGGCCUCAGCUGCUGUGUAGAGAUGGUCUGACUGGUCGCUGUUACUGGGAGGUUGAGAGGAAAGGAGAUGUUCAUGUAGCAGUAAGUUACAGAGGAAUCAGGAGGAGAGGACAGACUGCUGACUGUAUGUUUGGAUGUAAUGAUCAGUCCUGGAGUCUGAGGUGCUCUGAUGAUGGUUACUCUGUCAGUCACAAUGACAUACAAACAUCCAUCCCCUCCUCCUCUGUCUCUGGUAGAGUAGCAGUGUAUGUGGACGUUCCUGCUGGCUCUCUGUCCUUCUACUCAGUCUCCUCUGACUCACUGAUCCACCUCCACACCUUCAACACCACAUUCACUGAACCUCUGUAUCCUGGGUUUGGGAUCAGGUUCAGUGCUGGUGCCUCAGUGUCUCUGUGUCCUCUGAAGGACGGAGAGUCUCCUCCUGUCAGAUAAAACUUCUCACUGCUGCGUCAAAAAUGUCAGAGAAACCGCCAAAGCGUUGAAGAAAGCGACAAUGAAAAAGUGACUAAAAUGUCGA